AUGAAAGGCAGUAGUAGGAAUAAGGAUCAUUCGACAGAAGGAGAAGGAACUGGGAAGCGACCAAAAAGAAAGUGUCUUCAGUGGCAUCCUUUGCUUGCCAAGAAACUCCUUGACUUCUCUGAAGAGGAGGAAGAGGAAGAAGAAGAGGAAGAUCUUGAUAAGGUGCCGCUCCUUGGUGCUGAUGGUUUAGAGCAGGAUGCUGAUGAAACCGAAGAUGACGAGUCCUCCGAGCAACGAGCUCGCCGACCAAUGAAUGCAUUUCUCUUGUUCUGCAAGCGCCAUCGCUCUCUCGUGCGAAAAGAACAUCCUCGCCUUGAUAAUCGUGGCGCAACCAAGAUCUUGGCAGAUUGGUGGGCUGUUCUAGAUCCAAAAGAAAAGCAGAAAUACACUGACAUGGCUAAGGAGUACAAAGAUGCAUUUAUGAAGGCAAAUCCGGGGUACAAGUGGUGCCCCACAACCAACAAGCCUGUGAAAACGCAGUCAUCCACCAUCACAAACAGGAAAAAGUUAUGGACCUUUGCAUCAGACUCUGGAAAAGACCUACCAAGCCCCAGGAAAGCAACAAAAACCGAAGAAAUGCCACAGCUUAACUUCGGGAUGGCAGAUCCUACACAAAUGGGAGGCCUAAGUAUGUUGCUUCUAGCAGGAGAACAUGCCCUGACUGCACAAGAGAUUUCCUCGAAUGCUUGCCAAUCUGAUGCAACUAAUUCUACAGAGGCCUGUCAGAAGUCAUCAUUAUUUCAGUUUGCAGAGAUUUCUUCAGGUACAUCACAGCCUGCAGUCCUGGGAGCUGUAAAACAAACUGAGGAGUCUGCGUUAUUUCAGUUUGCUGAGAUCUCAUCAAAUACUUCCCAGUUGUCAAGACCUGAGCCAGUAAAGCACUGUGGGAAGUCAGCACUCUUCCAGUUGGCAGAGAUGUGCCUUGCUUCAGAAGGAGUAAAAGUGAAAGAACCUGGGAAAACAAAAGUGGAAGCACUGGAAGAGAUGGGAGGGGAAGGUCCAGAGGAAAUGGAAGUAGAACAACUGGAGAAAACAGCAAAAGACUCCUGUAAAGGAAAAGCAGAACAGUCAGAAACAGAGAGAAUGCACAACUGGGAUGAGACAAAAGCUGAGGAAUCAGAAACUGCCAAAUACAGAGAUUUUACUAGUCUUGCGGUGGAUAACAAUCCUUUUGAGAGAAAUGAUAACACAAAAGAUCACACAUGCUGUUCUCCAGAGCUUUCGCUGGCUGACAUGAAUAUCCUCGGGCUAAAGCCAGAAAAGAUUAAGAAGAAAAAGAAAAAAAAUAAGUUGGACCGGCACACAAACGAAAAGUCCACCCCCAAGAAACCUUGUAAAAAGAGGCAGUCCUCCGAGUCGGACAUUGAAAGUGUAAUGUAUACAAUUGAAGCUGUUGCAAAGGGGGACUGGGGUGCUGAGAGACUCACGGAACCUUCCCGCAAAAAACCCCGCCCUGUCUCAAAUGUGAAGGGAAGCGUGUUGGAUACAAAAUCACCAAAGAAAAAAGUAAAAUCGAAAGAGAAGAAAACAUCAAAGGAGAAAUCCACGGAGACCACCAAAGAAUCAAAGCCUCCCGAUUUCCUUAGUAUUGCAGCCAGCAAGGAAGUACCGUGUGAGGCUUCUGAUAACAUUAAAGUGGAACCACUGACCCCAACAGAGGAGGUGGUACCCCAAAGCUUACCAGGACAGGUCAAAACUGAGGACAGUGACUGUGUUAAAAAGGUAGAAACCUGUGGCUCCAGGAAAUCGGAGAGAUCUUGCAAAGGUGCUCUUUAUAAAACUCUGGUAUCAGAGGGCAUGCUCACAUCUCUGCGCGCUAACGUGGACAGAGGAAAAAGAAGCUCAGGAAAAGGCAACUCCUCAGAUCAUGAAGGAUGCUGGAAUGAAGAAAACUGGUCUUUUUCCCAGAGCGGAGCAAGUGGGAACAAAAAACUGAAAAAGCCUAAGCCAAAGGAAGAGUUUGUUUUUGGCUUAGCAAAGUUGGAAGAAGAGUUUGAAAAGAAAUUCAACAGCCUCCCUCAAUACAGUCCUAUUACCUUUGACAGGAGAAACUCUGCUGUUCCGAGGAAAAAGAGGAAGGUCGGAAGCAGCUCAUCUGAACAACCAAAAUCCAACAAAGCCAUACUCUCAGAAGACAGAAAUUCCAGUGAGUCUGCCUGGAAGAAUAAAAUUUCUAUAUCUGCCCUAAACACUCCAGAGCCAGCAAUGAUGCAUGAGCCUUUAGUUGGCAGCCAGAAAAGGAAAGCAAGGAAAACUAAAAUCACACAUCUUGUCCGAACAGCAGAUGGUCGAGUGUCACCAGCAGGAGGGACACAGGAGGAGAAGCCAAAAGAGCUGCCACAAAGUACUCUUCAAAAAACAUCAAGUGCAGAAACAGAUUGCAACAGUGAAUGCUCCAGAACCACAGAGACAGAAGAAAAUCAUAGUAUUACAUCAGAUAUGCCAGCAGUGUCUGCAUUUUUUAGCUUAGCUGCUCUGGCAGAAGUAGCAGCCAUGGAAAAUGUACACAGAAGUCAGAGGGCCACACCUCUCCCACAUGAUGGACAGCCAAAUGAAAUGUCUCAGGCUCCAGUGCUUAUUUCCUGCGCUGACCAGUGAAGCUCCACUUUAUUGUAAAACAUUGUGCUUUACCUAAUAUCCUAGCCUUGUCUUUACCAAGGGAAGCUAGUCAGUCCAUAUGAUGGAAACUAUAGACUUGAAGCAAGUGCUUACUGCUCUGAGUGGCCCAGAUUUCACUGGAAGCCAGACGUUAGCAACCUGGGCCAGGUCCUUAAAUUGGAACCCAGUAUGUUGGAGAGUGAUAACAAUUGUCUAUUACUGAACAGAAAUGGAAUGAUCCCAGAGCUUGCUUUCUAUUGAAGGCUUUUAAACAGUAAAUAGGUGGUUGGUGUGAAAAAGGCUGCCUUUACUGUUAGCUCACACAGCAUCUCUUUUACCAACCAGAGAGUACGGCAACUAGUUUCGUAUAAUACCUAGUUAUUCUAAAUGAAAAUGGAAAAAAAAAACCAACAAAAAAA